AUGGCCCAGCGUGAUGGGCAGUGGCCCUAUGCAGCUGGGAGUAGAGAGCUGAAGCGAGCUGUGCGGGAGGCCAGGGUGCUGACCGUGGGGGCGGGAGGCAUCGGCUGCGAGCUGCUCAAGACCCUCGUCACGUCGGGCUUCAGACACAUUGAAGUGAUCGACAUGGACACGAUUGAGAUGAGCAACCUCAACCGGCAGUUCUUGUUUCGCAAGCGACACGUGGGCAUGAGCAAGUCGGUGGUGGCUGCCGAGGCUGCGAAGCACAUGCGGCCCGGUAUUGACAUCACCGCCUGGCUUGGCAACGUCAAGGAGCCACGAUUUGGCGUCGACUUCUUCCGCCGCUUUGACUGCGUGCUGAAUGGGCUGGACAACCUGGAGGCGCGGCGGCACAUCAAUCGGCUGUGUCUGGCGGCGGGGGUGCCGCUGGUGGAGUCAGGCACUGCGGGCUACCUGGGCCAGGUGAGCGUGCACUUGAAGGGACGCACCGAGUGCUUUGAAUGCCAGCCCAAGCCCACGCCCAAGACCUUCCCGGUGUGCACCCUGCGCAACACGCCCGACAAGCCCAUCCACUGCGUGGUAUGGGCCAAGGAGAUGCUGUUCCCGCUGCUGUUUGGCGUGCCCGAGGCCUCUGACCUGAACGAAGCAGCUGCGGCAGAUGGGGAGGGUGCCGCUAGCACUGCUGACGACCCUACAUUCUAUCGGCACCGACAGGGGGAGGGCAGUAGGCAGUUUGCUGAGCGAGUGCACCUGUACGGCACAAAAAUAGUUGAGCUGCGCAGAAUGGAGGACUUGUGGCGGAACAGACGGCGACCCGAGCCGCUGGAUUUGGAUGUGUUGCUGUUGCCGGCUGCUGACGGUAGCGGCACGGCAACUGCUGGAGACAGCGUCGCAAUCGGUGGAGCUGCAAAGCCAGUGGAUGUAGCCAGCAGCGCAUGCAGGGCGCUGGGUUUGAAGGACGUCCAUGCUGUGUGGGAUGUGCCGCACUCUGCAGCAGUAUUCCUGAUGGCGGUGCAGCUGUUCGUAGAUGGCAGAUCAAACGAGCUGGGAUCAGCACAGUUCGACAAGGACGAUGCCCUGGCAGUGGAGUUUGUGACGGCGGCCGCCAACUUGCGCGCCGCCUGCUACGGUAUCCCCAUGCAGAGCUUGUUUGAAACCAAGGCAAGCAGGUUAAGCAACAUCAUUCAUGCCAUUGCCACCACUAAUGCUAUCGUGUCGGGGCUGAUUGUGGUGGAGGCGCAGAAGCUGCUGGCAGGCGCUGCUGGUUCCUGCCAAACCAGCUUCCUGCACCAGCAGGUUUGCAGCAAACGCCUGGUGUCACGCAUGGCUGCACCCGAGCCCAAUGUAGCAUGCAUGGUGUGCGGGACAGCCCAGGCGGAGCUGGCAAUUGACACCAACAAGAUGACAUUGCAGCAACUCGUAGACAGGGUGAGAGGCGGGCAGAUUGGCUUUAAAGUGAAACUAGACAGUUUUCUUGACCCCAUCACAACAAGGCAGCAGCAGCAUUGGAAAGACACGCUGCUGCGACGACUGCUGGCCCAGCUGCCAGGGGGAGGCGUGGUGCACAACAGCAUCCUGGACAUUGACGACCAGGAACAAUGCUUCAAGGCGCAACUGAUCGUCAAGCACAGAGAAGAUUGGAAUAGCGACCAGCAUCCUGAAGGGUUUGUACUCAGCGGCGGGCUGCCAACAGCGCAGGCUGAACAACUGUCAGCUGAGGCCCCAGCAGACGUGGGUGGCAGGCGAGAUGGCAGGAAUGAUCGCAGGGGGCCAAUGCCAGCACAUGCGGGCGCAAGCGAGCUGGCGGCGCUGCAGGAGACAGAGGACGACGUUGUGCUGCUUGCCAGCGAUGACGAGGAGGAUGCCACCGAGGCUGCUGUUUGUACAGGUGGGUCCAUUUUCUGGAUCCUGUUUAAGUGA